UCAUAAAUACAAUGAUUGAAAUAUCACCUGAUGACGAUAUUGUCAAUACAACAAUAAUUUUUAAUAAAUAUAAAUUGUUCUAAUGGAUCAUUAUCGACGUAACAAUGAUGGUGAUCGUUAUAAAUCAAGAUCAAAAAGAGAUCGGCCAUCAUCGUCACCAGAUAAUCGAAAAGAAUCAAGUCUACGAGAAUUGAAAGAAAAAGCUCGCCGCGAAAGACAUUAUCACCAUCGUGAUAGAAAUCGCGGUCAAGACAAUAAUCACCAUGAUAAAAGUCGUAAUCCAAGUCGAAGCCGAAGUCCUCAUUAUCAUCGACGAUCAUUUGAAUCGAAUACGCGAAAUGAACGUGAACGUAGCGAUUCAUUUCGAAUGAAUCAUCGCCGUCACGAUGAUGACGAGUUUGAACGAAAGAAAAACAAUGACCAAACAGAAAAUGAGGAAAAACUACCCGAAAUUCGGCCCAAUUUCGAAUUAACAGGUGCACUAGCUCGUGAUACAAACACAUUCAAUGGUAUUGUCAUAAAAUAUAAUCAACCACCUGAAGCGAAGAAACCGACAAAACAUUGGCGCCUUUAUCCAUUCAAAGGUUCUGAAGCAUUAGAUCAUAUCAAUAUACAUAACCAAAGUGCCUAUCUAUUCGGUCGCGAACGACGUGUAGCUGACAUCCCUAUUGACCACCCAUCAUGUUCAAAACAACAUGCUGUCAUACAAUUUCGUUCUAUAUCUGUGGAACGACUGGAUGGUACCACGAGAAAAGUAACUCGACCGUAUAUAAUCGAUCUUGAUUCAGCCAAUGGAACAUAUGUUAAUUUUAAAAAACUUGAACCAAGUCGUUAUGUGGAAUUAUUCGAAAAAGAUGUGAUUAAAUUUGGAUUUAGUAGUCGAGAAUACGUUUUAUUACAUUCACAAUCACAAGCUGACGAUGAUCAUGAUGAUGAUGAUAAUAAUAAUUGAUUUCCAUAUAUUCUUUCAUGGCUUCUUCACCAAAUUCCCGGCCAAAUCCAGACAUACGAAAACCACCGAACGGUGUUUGCGGGCGAACAACG